AUGGGUGGUGUUACCGUCAAGGACGUCGAGGCGCAGAAGUUCAUCGCCUCCUAUGCCGCUUUCUUGAAGAGGCAGGGAAAGCUCCCCAUUCCAGGCUGGGUUGAUACCGUCAAGACAUCGCACUCCAACGAGCUGCCUCCCCAGAACAUCGACUGGUUCUACGUCCGCGCCGCCGCCGUCGCCCGCCACGUCUACAUGCGCAAGACCGUUGGUGUUGGCCGUCUCCGAAAGGUCCACGGUUCCACCAAGAACCGCGGCUCGCGCCCCUCGCACCACGUUGAUGCCUCCGGCUCCGUCGACCGCAAGGUCAUGCAGGCUCUCGAGAAGAUCGGUGUCCUUGAGCAGGAUGAGGACAAGGGUGGCCGCCGCAUCACACAGUCCGGCCAGCGUGAUUUGGACCGUAUCGCCCAGACCACUCUCGAGGCCGAUGAGGAGGAGGAUGACGAGUAGACGCUUGCUACACUAAAAGGAUUGCUGGCAUUUGAUUGCGGGCGGUACGGAUCUACGGUUUACGGCUUAUGGCGUUUCGAUAUGACUUCGCUGGGGCAGCAUAGCCUAGGACAUCCAAUGGAAGCGGGCUUGACCCAAAAGCAACUUUGAUACCCCACCAUCUCUGUGUUCCUGAUGCGUUGUGAAAUUACGUUUACACAUGCUGCAUUGUCAUUUCCCUUUUGUUCAACUCGCAUUGAGGCAAAUCCAAUUUG